CGCAAUUUAGCAUUACGAACGAGAAAUUAGCUCUUCAUGCAACAUCGUGAUCAGUUGAUGACCAGAUGAUUCAUUGAUUGAUAGUUGUGUUGCCAGCUGUCAACUUAACUACUGCUAUAUUAAGCGUUGAUAUUACACCCGAUUUCAGUUAGAAAACUUGUUAGGAUGAAUCCCAUAAGGAACUGUUCACGAAAGUAACAAUGGCUUAUCGGCCACUCCAUGGGAAAAAUUCGAUUUUGGCUGCUGUUGUUCUGGUAACUUUCACUCUCCUUGGUGGACUUGGUGAACCAGCAAAGCAAAAUGGUCAAUCACCUCCACCACCCAAACCGGCGCAAGGUGUCAAACCUUUGGUGGUGAACCCUGCCGUGAAGGCCAAUGGACCAAAGCCUACAACGAGUUCAGUGAUUUCGCAAACUCUCGACUUCAUCCCUCAUCAAGACAACGACACAUUGAAGUCUGACGCAAAUCAUACUACUACCACAACAACUGUGCCAACCACUCCAGACAAGCAGGAUGUAGACCUACCAGAAAAGGGGUCUUUGGAGGAUGAACAUCACUACAGCAUGACAAUAUUCUUCAUAUUGCUGGUUCUUGCAAUAUGUAUCAUGGUGACCCAUAUGCUGAUUUCAACCAAGUUCCAUUAUUUGCCAGAGAGUAUUGCCAUUAUACUUGUGGGAGCACUGAUUGGUCUCAUCUUGCGGCUGCUGUCAACAUACAACCUUACAAACUGGCAGAGAGAGGAAGCGUUUCCACCCACGAUAUUCUUUAUCGUUAUCCUACCCCCAAUCAUAUUUGAGUCGGGCUACAAUUUACACAAGGGUAACUUUUUCCAGAACAUUGGUUCGAUCCUCGUGUUUGCCAUAUUUGGUACCAUCAUAUCUGCUGUGGUCAUCGGAGGUGGUGUCUAUCUAUUAGGAAGAGCGCAGGUUGCUUACCAGUUGAAUUUAUUUGAGAGCUUUGCAUUUGGGUCGCUGAUAUCGGCCGUCGACCCUGUAGCCACCCUUGCCAUAUUCCAUGCGUUGGAUGUGGAGCCAGUGUUGUAUAUGUUGGUGUUUGGAGAAAGUGUGCUGAAUGAUGCUGUUUCGAUUGUAUUGACGACUGCCAUAGUCGAUGCUGCCGACCCAGCCCACGCCGCCAUGAGUGGGGCGGCCCUGUUUUUCCAGGCGACAGGGAACUUCCUCCUCAUGUUCUUUGCCUCGGCUGCUAUCGGUGUGGUGUUUGGUCUGAUAAGUGCUAUGGUCUUGAAGUUCUUUGACCUGAGGAAAACACCCUCCUUAGAGUUCGGUCUGAUGUUUGCCUUCUCUUAUGCUCCCUAUGGGUUGUCCGAAGGCUUGCAUCUCUCAGGUAUCAUGGCCAUCUUGUUUUGUGGGAUUGUGAUGUCCCACUAUACUCAUUUGAACCUUUCACCUGUCACCCAGAUUACAGUACAGCAGACGUUCAGAACAAUAUCAUUCAUGGCUGAAACGUGUGUAUUUGCAUACCUCGGGUUAGCCAUCUUUAGUUUCCGACAUAUCGUGAAACCUUCUUUUGUCUUAUGGAGCAUCGCGUUGUGUUUAAUAGGACGAGCAAUGAACAUAUUCCCCCUGUCGUUUAUACUCAACUAUUUCCGGGAACAUAAAAUCACAAGGAGAAUGCAGUUCAUUAUGUGGUUCAGUGGAUUGCGUGGGGCGAUUGCGUUUGCCCUCAGCCUCCACUUAGAGUUUGAAUCAGAGAAGAGGCACAUUCUUGUGACGUCGACGCUGAUUAUUGUACUAUUUACAGUGCUGUUCCUUGGAGGCUCAACCAUGCCUUUGAUGAAGAUUUUACCAAAACGGCGCAAACUAAUCAAGGACGACGGGGAGUCGUUUGCAGGCUUUUCCAACAAUAUGUUGCUGAAACCGAACAAGAGGAAGAAAACACGUCCAGGCAAGGAAGUGACACUUAGCAAGACCAAGGAAUUUGGUGAUGCUGUCGAUUCUGAACACUUAUCUGAGCUGACGGAGGAAGAAUAUGAGAUUAACUUUGUGAAGCCACAUCUGAAAGGAUUCCUGAAGAUUGACGCCAAGUUUCUUGUGCCAUUUUUUACGAGGCGAUUCACACAGCAGGAGGUACGAGAGGGAAAGAAGCAGAUGACCAAUUUGACGGAUCAGUGGUACAAAGAUGUGCGUGCUGCCCCCUCGGACUCCGAAGAUGAGGAGGAACCGGUUCUUCCACCGCCUUUUCAGCGCUUUGUCGGAGAAUAAUUUCAAAUGACUGGUGAGAUGUUUUGCCUUGCUGAUUACCUUAUGUUUGGGUUUCAUGGUGUGUUUUAACAAAAAUUCAUAAGGAUGUGUGAAUUUUUGCUUUAUGUAUAUUUUGCAGGGCUUGCUUUAUACUCUCUACAAAUAUGCUGCUCUUGAGAUGAAAACGUUGUGCAAAUCAUGUCCAUGGUAAUAUAAUCUGAUCUAUCGUGCACACUGCUUAAAGGUGGCGCUGGUGUGUUGGGUGUUAUCAAGGCCGAGUUUGAAAUGUUGAAGCAUGUGAAUAUGUUCAAAUUUCUUGUCAGGUCUAAUGAUAGCGAAAAACUUUCCACUUUCAGAAGGUAUUGGAAGUGCACAAGUGUUACACUCGAAAAGCAUUUCUUUCGAAGAAAAAUAUGCACCAACAUUCAAAAUGUAACCUUUGGAGCAAAAAGAAAUUUUUUUUAGAGGUCGACACGUUUGUUCUUGUAAAUUCUAUUCAAGGAUAAUAAAAUAGAAAUCCAUUAAAUUGUUUGUUGAGGCAAAUUAUGGUCAGGGGUCAGUGGUCGCCAAAAAAUAGGGCCCCCCCCUUGGAUCUGCCCUGAUGGUGUUUGAUUUGGGUUUGGUAUUUGGGCAAAGGAGGUGCAAUUAAAUUUACACCUGGGUUUUUUUAAGAGGCUUUCCACUCGAAAGAGUUUCUUUGGUGUCGUUAAUUCACAGAGCAGUUUAGGUUUGUAAUCUUACUUCUUUGUUGGCAUCACGGUAAUGUUUUGAGAUCAGUUAUCUCCCGACAAGAGGCGGGUACCAGAAUCUAGCGUUCUGCACAGGUAUAAGUGUCUGUUAUAGAAUCAUCAAACACAUUUCGUCUUGGAUACCAUGCUAGUUAUCACAACCCACGUUCAAUAUCGGAAUCUCAAUCAAAGAUUUUUUAAUAGCAAAAAUACGUAACUCACCUUAUAUGAUUUUGGUUAAUAGUCCAUAAAAGAAAUUAAGUUGGCCUGUUUCAGAAUCUAUAACUGGAUUCCGUCAUAGAUUUUAUGACAGAAACUUUUGCAUGUGUACUGGAAAACUGCUCAUGUGAAUAUAAAUCUAAGAUUUUCCUCGGUCGGGUUGGUAAUUUUCUGCUGGGAAGAACUUUGGACAGGAGGUUUUCAUAUAUGUAAUCUUAAUACAAUCAUAUGGAAUGAUAAGUGCAUGAUGUGAUAAAUGUAUAGUGAGCGGUCAAGUACAGUAUCUGUUGUGUACUGGCACAGGCCAGCUCUGUAACUUGGAAAGCCUGCCCGAUUCUCGGCAAGUUGGAAAAUUGUUUCUCCAUGCAGGGUGCAUUGUAUUUUGUUUUGCAUGUAGUUAAUUCCUAUCUUUAUUUCCACAGGCAAGCGAAAGGCAGUGGCUGAACCGGUAACAUAGAAUACUUUUCUUUGAUAUUUAGUUAUGGUUCACUUGAUGCUGUUAACUGCAAAAUUUACUGUCUCUUUAUUUUUGUAAUUCCUGAAAAUUUUAAAAUAAUAUUUGUGAUUUUAUUCGCGAAUCUCAUUUAUUCACAAAAUCCGCAAAAAUAUUGCGCCCUGAAAAUUCACAGUUUGUUUCAAUUAGGUUGUCAGUUGCCGACCAGUAUGUGGAAAGAAGCAUUGGGCAUGUUGGGGCAAGAAAUAAAUAUUUUCCACUGACCAUUUAUAAGUGAAUAUAGAGGGCCAUCAACUUUACAGUGGAACAUAUGUAGCUAUACCGGCGAAGAAGUAGAAAAUGUCCCCCUGGAGAAGUGUUCGGCCCUAUAGUAUUCUGAUGGAUCAUGGUAUGGUUCUACAAGGCCAUAGCCGUUAGUAGCUCAAAGAUUGAAGCAUAUAUCAGAAUCCUUUCUUCCCCGGACAUUCUAUCCUAGGACAUUUCAAACUUUUUCACCGGCCAUACAAAGCUGAAAACUUUUCAUGGCCUCAUUAAUCCCAUAUAUUCUUCCUUCAAUCACACGUUGUUCAAGCUCCCCUUACACUCCUUCUGGUGGAGAGCUAUGGGUUCAUGCGGCUGCUCACCCUUUUAUAGCACUUUUCCUUCUCCCUAUUAUCUAAUCUCUCUAAUUAUCCUGUGAGUAAAGCUAAUCUGGGGUGAAGGGAUGUUUACAGUUCUGUUCAGAAGUAACACACAGGACUGAAGUCUCGCGACACUGAGUCUUACUCCAUUCUACGUGUAGAGUGCAAUGUUACCAGUGGCCAAGUAACACUCAAGGAGUAGUCAUAUCAUAACAUAUCAUAUCAUUUUACCAGUGUCGUAAUCCUAUUUGAUUUUUGUCAGAGGUAUGAGUCUCCCUUUGGCUACUGUCCACCUAUCUGGGAUCGUUUACUUGCCCUGGCAUGGGGCAUAGACACCCAGGUACAGGGGACCAUGGCUUUUAUGAGGCUCCUCCAGUAGUGUGGACGUGCUUGGCUGACAUUGAGGUGUUAGUUCUGAACAGAACUGUACUGUGUUAAUGCACUGAAGUGGUAAGGGUUAUUGCUAGACUUCACACUCUUAUUUCUCUUUCUUGACAGUGGUACUGUGUUAUAUUACCUUUGAAAUAAAGCCGUUUACUGGGUCUACAAAUAUUGUUAGUAUGCCCAGUUUUGCCUGGAUGUUUUUCUACUUCUAGAACACCAGGUAUAUAUUGAUACUGUGAAGAAAGAACAGUAGCUUUCAACUUAAGUUUAACAGUAUGUAAUAUGCAAAUUAAUCCUGUGUUUAUUUUGCUUCUAGUCAGAUGUUUGUGAGUUGUCACCCCUGGUAGCAUGUUGUAACUCCAUGGGUGAGAGGAAUAGUCAUUAUGUGAUGUUAGUCCAGAUACCAUAGGAUACGCUUUUAAAUGCUUGUAGAUAUUGUUGUGUGUGAAAUGUGAAUUCUGGAGGCGAAAUUAUUCACAUGUAUAUUUCCUGCACGUCACUUUUUGGUGAUAAAGUCACUUUUAUGUAAAUAGUAGCGCAACAUACCUUUCUAUAAAGUCUAUGUUGCUCACAAUUAUAUAUACUUUCGUCACUGUGAUUUAUGUUCAUUUAUAUCUCAAUGAUACAUGUAUACUUGUUUGCUGAAUAAAAAAACAUUGGUUUGUCCUGUUAAUCGUAAAAAAAAGUAUUUGGCCCCACCUUGUGGGUUUGGCCAGUCUUGUUGUGAAAUUUUUGGGCCCUUAACAUUAUAAUGUUACAUGUAAUUUGUUGAAUUAUUACUCAGGAGGCGAAAUGGUUUAUUUUCGGGCCAUGCCUUCUGUGAUGAUAGUCUAGUGCCAAUAAAGUGCACUGCAGACAAGGGGCUCAUGCUCUUAAAUUUCACUGAUAAGUAGCAUGUUUUGUCAUUAUUUGUCCAAGGGUCUUUUUUGUAUGGUAUAUAUGCGUAAUAUAGGCAGAUCAGUAUGUUAAGAAAAUUGAGGUUAAAAGAGACCUACCAGGUGCUUUCAAUGUAUACCCAUGAAUAUCAGCUGAGUGCCAGGCGCUUGGGCCUCUUGUCUUUAUGGUACGGUUUUGAAUCCGAAUAUCUCGGGUGACGUUUAUCAUAAAACUCCACUUUCUACUGUGUGUUAAUGCACUCUCACAUGCCCAUAUUUAGAAUACUCUGAUAAAUAAAAUACAUGUAUAAACCUGUGAUACAUAAUGCGAGUAGUAGGUGAAAGCUUACUUGUUAUGGCCAUGGAUACCUAUCAUUUUAUGGAUAAAAUCGAGUAGGCCUCGAUCUCACACUGACGAUAAUAGUACAUCCUUUCAUUUGCAUAGCCUGGUAGUUUUGGCCGUAAUUUUAGAGUCAACCAACCAUUGACUCCAACACUUGAAAUUGGCAUUGACUGUGAAAGAGUGUAUUCUAAUUGCUUGAUGAUUUCAAGUUCUUGCCCAAAUGGUGGUGCCAAUGGUCGUAGGUAGAGGUGGAGAUUCCAUCCUUCACCGAAGUAAGAAGAGUGAGGUCAUAAGUAGUGGCUAUUUUGACUGUACCAGAAAUCCCGGCCAGAAAUUCGGGCGAAUUAGCCACAGUUUGCUGUAUCAUAAUAUACACAUACCUGUACAGGAAAUAAUGUGGAAAAUAAAUUAUUCUUGAAAAU